AGAGGGUUCCUGCUAAGUUUACACAAAAGCCUGUGAAGCAGUCCUGCCAGCUGCCCCGCUCAGCUUUAUCCAACCUUUUAACUGCAACCCAACAACCUGCUAAAUCUCUGGAUCUCUGCAGCGCAGCCAUGGCAACCACAGGUUUGAUUGUUUUAUUGCUUCUUUUGUAGGAUUAAAGAGGAUUAUUAAUCAUGAAAAAGUAGAUAUUUCAGUUUGAGUCAAAGAAAUGUUCUAAUUUUUGUGAUUCAGUUGAAUUUGGAUGAUUAAGAUCAAAAGAUUUGUUUGUUUAAUACAUCUUUAUGUAGUAGAUUAGCCCACUGCACUGCUGCAACAGUGCCAAGUGCUGAUGUUGUGUUGAUUGAUGAGUGGUUGAUAUAGCAGAGGGAGUUUUGAAGUGAGCUUUACUUGGAUAGAUAUUAAUCCAACUCUUUUUUUUUUCUCCCAAAAUGUGCGGUCUUUGUGACAGAGAGGAAACUGAGGGAAUAGUACAAAAAGCCUGCUCAGCCACUGGGGACAGGGUUUAGCCACAUGUGAGCUGCAGUAUUGAUGCCCAAUCUAAUACAAGCUGCACAGUAUUUCAAAGAAUAGAAAUCUUUCUUCACAACUUGUUAGACCACAGCUGUUCACUUGAGAGGAAAUGUAAAAUUAAUAUCACCUUUCAAAUGUUUUCUACCAUAAAAGCUGUACUUUUUUUUUCCACUUUGACACCCCUGUACUUUGCUGCCUGCGUGUAACCCACUUUUUCCUGCAGCAUCUUAUUUUGCUGAGCAAAGAUGCUGCAUUGAGAGCUCCUCUCUGUGGAGAGAAAAAAACUACAGGGGAGUUAAGGAGCCAAGCCUGCAGAUUGGAGAGAUGCAGACCUCGCUGUCCAUGCUGCAGGGCUGAUCCAACAGUGUAUUUGUGUUCCUGGUGCUACAUUUAGUAUGAAACCUUUGUCAUGGGGCUCUUUAACUGAUUAGAUACUUUCUUUGCAGACACAAUGUUUCCAGACCGAAGUGACUUUGAUUAUGGUAAGAUUUCUCUCAUCUUUAGAAUUAUUUAAUCUCAGUUUUACCCUGGAAACCACAGAUUUGCUCAAAUUCACCUCAACAGGGUUCAUCUUGAAAGUCUGGUGUGAUUUUGUCUUUUGUAGACUAUGAGACACUGCGGACCACAGGGGUUAUCCUUGCUGUUGUUAUGUUUGUCUCUGGCAUUUUGAUAGCCCUGAGUAAGUUUAGACUUUUAGAUAUAUCACUUGAAUACAAAGACUUAUCUUCUUUACAUACAAGAAACUAUGUAACUAAAAUUUAACUUCCUCUAACAGGUAAAAAAUUCACUAAAUGUGUAAAAUCUUCAUCCAAGUAAGAGUUGUGCAAGACUUAGUGGAUGGCCGACUGUGCAUGUUGUAUGACUUUGACUUGAAAAGGAAAACCCUACCGGUGUAGCAUUAAAAAAAGUCUCCUUCAGUUUUGUUCCUUGACAUACCUGAGUGACCCACAGCUUUUCCUCUCCCUGCCCUGGAUGCCUCCUCACUGAAUCUCCCCUCUCUCUCUGAUCUGCUAAAACACACCUCCAACACAUGAAAGAGUUUGCACAGAAAAACCUUCUGCGAUGAUUCAUACGUGGGUGGUGCUUCUAUAACCUCUUUAUCUCAGUCUUUGUUCUUCAAAAAGAAAUUUGAAGAUUUGCAUCACACUCCUCAUGUGUUGGUAGUGAGUGGGAAGUGAAUUUUAAUAGCUGACUGCAUGCAGCUUUUACGGCAAGAGAAGAAGAAGAAAUAGAGAUGCUGAUUAAGCCAGACAAAACGCUGCAUUUUGGACUGUGGUUGUACCCCGAACUCUUCAGAACUCUGUGGCUGCAACUCAUUAUAUGAUCCUCAGACUAAAAAUUUUGGACUCCAUUUCAAGUUGAAGUUGUGGCCACAGUUUUCAAACUGUAUUCCUAAAAUCAGUAUGUGCUGUGCCAGCUGUAUAAAAAUUACUGUUUUUCCCUUUUUUUCUGUUUUCAGUUCCAACUCUUCUGGUACCCAAAUUCCAAAGACAGAGGGUAAGUUCGCUGUAUUUUGGUGAAUUGUUAAAGGUCAUUCUGUGUUUUUGGCUCUAUGUCUUAUCAGAUUUGUUUUUUUGUUCUUUUGCAGUACCUCCUCAAACUGUAUAGAAAAUACUAAAUAUACAGGAGAGAGAGGAGAUCGGCACACGAGCCACGCCAGCAAAAAAACAGCACCAUGAUCGCCCCUCCUAAGGCCAAAAAACUACUACUGGUUUAAAAACAGGGUGUUAAAAUGUAUCCUAUCCUGGUUUCAAACAGUUUCUCACUUUGCUCUUCUGUUAGCCAUCUGUAGUUUUUUAAGUUAAACAAAAUAACUCCUGUCAUGAGACUUCAUGAGGUGCUUUUUCUUGAACAACUUGUCAGUCUUAUAUUUUAUUCCAGCAAAGAGUGAAAUGUAAAGCAUGAUGAAAAAUCAGCAGGUUAAAAGAAACUCAAACUGCGUAUGACAUGUAACAGAUGUCUUUUUAUUUCAUUGCUUUUUGUAGUUAUAUUUGCUGAGCCUUUCAACAGGACAUAUAGCAUGAUAAAACAGUCAAGAAAAUAAUAAAUAAAACAAACCUUACAUGAUACGCAAAAACGAAGCAGCAAUAUUGUGACAAACAAAGAACAUUCAUUUACGUAUUUUAUUUUGAAGCGGCUUUUAAACUAGAAUCAUGAAUAAAACUGAUGUGUUAUAAAAAAAAUGAUUCAGGGUUUUAUCAUGUCACCUUCAACAAAUGUGUUCAAUGUCACAUUACAUGUAAUGAUGCCACUGUUACAAAUAAAAGUCACAUCUACUCAAA